AUGAACCGAAAUCUUGCCUUGUUCUUCGCUUUUUUGGCUGUAUUUUCUAUUGUCAAUGCUAUUCCACACCAAAUGAUUAAAAGAGAAACCAAAUUUUUGCAAUGUCCUUCCCAAUAUGUUAGAAAAAAUACAGUCACAAUCGAUCAAGUAACAAUUGAUCCUGAUCCGCCAGUUUCUAAUCAAGCGAUCACUAUUAAAGGUCAUGUAAAUACAACUGAGAAUAUUGUUAAAGGCGACAUAUUCCUUUUUGGAUUUAGUGAUGUAAAUUUCAAACUCUUAGGGGGUAAUCGUACAGGUAUUUGUAGUGAUGGUAAAACUAAAUGUCCAACUGAAUACUAUGUUAUAGACUUUAGUAUUACUGCACCCAAAUUGCCUGAUAUAUACUUCAUUGCAGCCGGAAUUGUUUAG